AGCCCAGUUUGCGCUGCAGGAUCCAGAGAUGGCAUCAGUGAAGCUGGAAGACUGCAGUCCAACACUGGAGCUGAAUGUCAACAUUAAAGAUGAAGAAGAGAAGAUUGGGACAUCUGUUAGUCAUGGAGACCAUGUUGAGACAUUCUCUACAUCCAGAGAGCAACAGCAGGAAGAUCACAGAGCUAAGAGGUCUCAUCACUGCCCACAUUGUGAGGAGAAUUUUUCAGUUAUAUCAACACUAAAAAUACACCUAAAAAUACACCUUGGAGAGAAUCUGUAUUCCUGCACUGACUGUGGGAAGAGUUUCUCAACAUCAAAGGUUCUAACAGUUCAUCAGAGAGUGCAUACAGGAGACAAGCCUUACUCCUGCUCUGACUGUGGAAAGAGUUUCUCUCAACUGGGCACCUUAAAACGACAUGAACGUGUACACACAGGAGAGAAGCCUUACUAUUGCUUUGACUGUGGAAAGAGUUUCUCUCGACCCGAUGACUUAAAAACACACAAACGUAUACAUACAGGUGAGAAGCCUUACUCCUGCUCUGACUGUGGAAAGAGUUUUUCACGACUGGGCCACUUCAAAACACAUAAACGUAUACAUACAGGAGUGAAACCAUACUCCUGCUCUGACUGUGGAAAGAGUUUCUCUCAACUGGGUGAAUUAAAAAUACACGACCGUAUACAUACAGGAGUAAAGCCUUAUUCCUGCUCUGACUGUGGAAAGAGUUUCUCUCAACUGAACAGCAUAAAAACACAUGAACGUAUACACACAGGAGAGAAGCCCUACUCCUGCUCUGACUGUGGAAAAAGUUUCUCUAAACUGGACAACUUAAAAAGACAUGAACGUAUACAUACAGGAGUGAAGCCUUACUCCUGCUCUGACUGUGGAAAGAGUUUCUCUCGACUGGGCCACUUAAAAACACACGAACGUAUACAUAAAGGAGUGAAGCCUUACUCCUGCUCUGACUGUGGAAAGAGUUUCUCUCGACUGGGCCACUUAAAAACACACAAACGUAUACAUAAAGGAGAGAAGCCUUAAUGCUGCUCUAAUUGUGUAAAAAUCUUCACAUCAACUCACCUAAAAGUUAAUCAGAGAACACACAAGGGAGAGAAGCCUUACUACUGCUCUGACUGUGGAAAAAGUUUAUUUUGAAUGUGCCUGUUAAAAAGACACCAAGGUAAAGAAGAGAAGACUUA